AUGACAAGGAAUGCUGUAAUUGUAAACAAAGUUAGGCUCAACCAGGUGUACUCGGUACAUAGCAGAAAAGUUAGUCUCUGUACCACGAGCCUUUUGGACAUCACAAUUUUUGAUUACGUUAAAUUGGACCCUGCUAAAGGAUCAAGAUAUUUCUGUAUACAUCUUGUGAAAGACCCAAACCAAGAAUCCAGAUAUAUGGCAAAAAUGGCAUUGAAUCCUGUUGACUUCUUCUAUUUAAGAUCACCUGGAAACACUGGAAAACUCGGAACAAUAUCUAUAAAAUCAGCCCAACAUAAUGAUAUGUUCCUCAGAUGGUCUAACUCAUCUGUAGACGAUAGAACAUAUUUUGAAGCUUAUAACAAGAAUCUAUCAACAGAGAAGGAAUAUUUACAACAAACAACAUUUGAGAUAGUGGAAACAGAUGAGCCCAAUUCUCACAGCUUUAAGGAAGUUGUGGGUGAUAGAAUUUUAAUUUUCAAAACAACGGCUCCUUUUACAGUUAUGAUGAAAACCAUGAAACCAUCAAAUAGUAAAACAAUUCUUGAAUUCAAGUCUCAUAUCUUUUUAGCAGUCCCAUCAGUCCCGCCAGUUACCAGUUUUAGUAAAGUGUCCUGCCCUCUUGACAAACCAAUGCUUGUUGUCAAUGGAACGCAGAUCACAUGCACCUCCAGCAAACACUGCAGUAAUGGCUACAAAUGCAUGAGAAAGAUUGGGAGAUGUUGUCAACGAGAGUUACACUGUUUGAAACCUUUGAGAGUGGCCGAUCCAUCAAGCAGUACACUUGUGAACUGUUCAGAGGGAUGCCCGAGUGAUAAUGUAUGUUUGACAGAAAUGGUGAAUGGAACAAAUAAAAGUGAAAUAUGCUGCCCAUCAAAAUACGUAUGUAAUACUGCGAUGAAGAGUGGCUCUAUAGUCAUGAGAGCAGAGGAUGGAUGUAACAGGUGCAUGUGUGGACCAUAUGGGAGUGCCAAUUGCACCAAUAAAAGAAGAUGUAGAAAUAAGAAACUGAAUGAAGACCAGUGUGGAAGAAGUGCGCCAUUUUGUCCCCCGAGGCCAUUAAUGUGUAUUGUGGGAGGUGAACAGGUGGACUAUGGUACUGUACCGUGGAUGGUAUCCCUCCACCGUUCUGGAAAACAUGUGUGUGGAGCGUCUCUGAUCAACAAACGGUGGGUCAUAACGGCUGCACAUUGCUUCAAAGAAGGAACUAGUCUUGCUGAAUGGGAGGCAAGACUGGGCGACCAUUUACAAUCCAGGAUAGAUAUAGGUGAACAACAUAUUCCAUUGUCCAAAAUAUUCAUACAUCCCAAAUACACGUCAAGAGAUGAAGAGACUGAACGGAGAGACAUUGCACUUGUAAAACUAGCCCAUGCUGUAAACUAUACACAUUUUGUACAGCCAAUCUGUUUGCCAGAAGAGAACCCUCUCGACAAUCCUCUGGAGUUUGCCAAUAUGAAAUGUUACACAGCCGGCUGGGGGAAAAGGAAAGGUGGCGAUUGGUUGGAUGUGGUGCUUGAUACUUUGAGCGAUUCACUCCAACGUGUUGACCUCCCCCUGAUCCCACACAGGACCUGUAAGAAAAAGACAUGGUAUGGAGAUAAGGUGAAGUGGUUCAUGCAAUGUGCUGGCAAGGAGUAUGGAGGACAGGACUCGUGCUCAGGUGACUCUGGUGGACCACUGAUGUGUGAUAUACCAGAUAAAGGUGACCCUCGAGUGAAACUUGCCACUUUGGUAGGGGUGACUAGUUGGGGACAGGGAUGUGGCCAGCCAAGGAAACCUGGAGUUUACACCAAAAUUUAUGAGUUCAUGCCAUGGAUUAAACGCAAAGUGGAAAGACAUUAGGACAUUUACUCUCAUUGAGGGCACAUUUACAGUGGUAUUGCAGAUUGGAUGAAGUAGGAUUUCAUUUAGUGCACAAUUAUUUUCAAGGGGAAAUAAAUUAAUAAUUAAAAC